GACAACUGUGCCGGGAAGCGCUUUCGCAUUGCCGGGUGUGGGACGAUGGCCGGCGGCAGUAGCAUGGCUCAGGGACUCCUUCCGCUGCUCCUUGUGGUGGCCUUAAUUAUUGAAACACAGUGCAAAAAUCAGACUGAAGCUACAAUGCGUAUAACAUACAAUCAAUUAAUUAAAAAGAAGAUAAUUGCUAAGAGGGAAAUUAAUUGUAACUGGGAUGAAUACAUUGUAGGUGUUCAGUGUUGCAAGAAAUGUGAACGUGGUUUUGUUAAAAAUGUCAGCUGCCCAACAGAUACUAGCAAACACUGUGUUCCAUGUGAAAAUGGAAAGGAGUACAUAGAUCAUGUCAAUGAUCUGGCCAAGUGUUUGAGAUGCGCUUCAUGUGACAGCAUAUUUGGUUUGGAGGUUGAAAAGAACUGUACCCAGGCAGAGAACACAAAAUGCACCUGUGCAAAGAACCAUUUUUGCAGUUCUGAACCAUGUAGGCAUUGCGAUCCUUGUACCAUAUGUGAAAGUGGUGUAAUUGAAAAACAAUGUACUUCAACUUCAGACACUGUGUGCGGAAUGAAAGCACAAACAGGAGCACCAUGGUGGGCCAUAGUUUUGGGAGUUUUGUUACUACUUCUAGCAGCUGGAGGAAUAAUGUACUGCAUAAGACGAAAGUGGUUUAAUAAAAGGAAAAGGCUCCAUGAAUUCCCCCAACCAUACAUUUCUGAUGAGAUAGCACUUCUCAGACGAGAUGUUGAUUUGAGCAUCUAUGUUGUUCAUAUUGUGGAGGAGAUGACAUAUGAUGAAGCACUGAAAUUUGUUCGUUGUCACAAAGUACCACAAACUAAAAUAGAUGAGAUUAUUCGUGAUAACAUUGAUACAUCUGAGCGGAAGAUCCAGCUUUUUCAAGUCUGGCUUCAAAGACAUGGAAUGAAUGGAGCCUAUGAAACCCUGAUAAGAAGCCUGAGAAACCUUAAGAUGCGUGCUGUAGCUGAUAGAAUUGAGAGAAAACUACAGGCAGCUGUUUCCAUGAGUAAAGGGGGAGAAUUGUACAAUGAUGACACUCAGCAAAGCAGCAUAGGGAGCACUCAGGAAGGUAGAAACUUGUGGCAUUUCACGACACAGACUCAAGUUGAUGUAGAGACUCAAAUCCCACUUUAUUACAACUAAGCCCUUUUUAUCCCCUUGUUCAGUAUUUUCCCAACCUGCACAUACAUACAACAUUCAAUCUCAUUGGCCCCUGUAAAACUCUCCAGGUAAAUAGUCCAAUCACAGUGUUGCAGACCCUCUCACAGCCCACACAUCCUCUGGCUUUACACAUCCCAACUCAUUGCCCCAGGGCUUGUCAAACCACCAAGACCUCAGAUCUCAUUCCCAAACUGUUCUUCAUGCAAAUCUCAUCACCUUCACUCCCCACAUCCAGGUAUAGGAAGAAGAAAUAAUGAUAUGGUAUGCCCCUGUGUUACCUAAGUGAUGUAGUGUUUUACUUACAUGAAACUUAUGGAAUGUUGCGUUUUUCAAAGUGAAAUCUCUGGUGUUAAGAUUCUAUGAAAUAUACCAUGAAGAAUACUUGAACAACAACAACAACAGCAAAUGAUCUAAUACACACCUGAUGAAUUUUGUAUAGUGUUGAAUUACAAAGGUGUUGCUGGGUAAUUAAAUUCUAGGCUACUGUAAAUGGAAUUUCUCCCUUGUAUAAAAGCACCUCUGUGUGUGUGUAUACAGAGCUUUGUUUAUGUGUGUGUAUUUAUAUGUAUACAUGUGUGCAAGUUUUCCAUAUAAAAACAUGCAGUGCUAAGUAAAAGUUAUGUCCCUUAUGCUCUGCAAUGAUUGCAAGCCUUUUCUAAUGCUAAAAACCUGCAAAGAAGAGGAGCUGAAGCAGCACAGCAACACAAUGGUGCUUGGAAGGCAACCUGCAGAAGCUACAAGGACUCCAUAAGCAAAUGUGCCACACUAGCUCUUCUAAUGCAGGAACUGAUACAAUGAAAACAUCUUUGUCAUUAAAUAAAAAAUCCA